AUGGUGGAAGAACGGCGCACCGUUUGCUGGCGCGACGUUUUGAAGCUGAUGUACACACCAGGUCUACCAGAGGGAAAAAAGCUGAUCCUCCGCCCGCGCCUCUUCGAGAUCGUGGCAGGCCCUGAGCAACUCUCGGCAACACAUCCUGAGGUGAAGAAGGCAGACGUGCUCGAUGCCGUAAGCUGGUCCUCAGACUGCGAGGGCCAGUGCGUCCACUACAAACUGGAUGGAUAUGUCGUUCGUGUCCCCGCGACCCAAGAAGCCUUCCAGAUACAGGUGGAGGCGGUGCAGGAAGCCGUUGAUGGUCUGGUUCCGAGCUGCUCCACUGACCUGGUGAAACACUGCAUUGCACAGCUCCGACCCCUUAGCAUGGGGGCGCUGAAGAGCUGUCUCCAGAAAAUCAUCCGCUUCCAUGCCGUGGCUGUGGACUUCGGCGAGCCUAUCCCAUUGCCUGUGGCUGCUGCCACGGCCAUCGCCCUCCUUUUCGCAAAUCGCGGCGGCUUUUCCCCCGAGUUGCAGCUCUUCACUCGUGGCGCCACAGCCGCCUUCAAACGCCUUGCAGUAAUCUUGCUGGAGGAUGCUUGGGUGAAGGGAGAGGCCACCCCUUCCUGUCUAGCAGCACUUCUGGCCUUGGGCUUGGUGACCCAACGAAUCGCCGACUACGAACCGCCACGAAGCUCCGUGGUGGCGGCGAUGCGUCUGGCUGCCCGCGCCGCAACGUCAAACUGCCUCAUCGCCUGGCGCAAAGACAAGGCUUCGAAACCUCUCGACCAGAUAAACGUGUCACGGCAGCAGGCCAGUCUCUUCCAGCACUCCGCCAAGCUCCUCCGCCUGCUGCGCAGCUUUUCGGGAGACAUGGCAAUGUUUGACCAAGUCGCUGCCGCGAGCAGGGCGGGCAAGCUGCCCUUGCGACAUGCGGCCAGGCGACCAGAGGUCAUGCCGCUCUGCCACCUUGUGGAUCAGCACACCUACCGUGGCAUCGCCCACGUCCUCGGCGCCGGUGCAGAAUCCACUUUCGCAAUGCGGUUCCAGUCGCUCUUCAACAACUGCACUGGCUUCAAUCCACGGCUCGCCGAUCCUGAGGGCUUCGAGUCGAGGCCCGAGGUGCAAAGGGCCCGCUUCGCACAGCAGUGCUGCCUCAAUGCGGCCCAGAAGAAGCCAAAGACUUUGCUUCCGCUCGUCUCUGAUGGCGCCUGGGUCAACAUGGAGCUCGACCCUGGCGUCCUCUCUGCAGCUGUCGGCCCUGUGCCUACGAAGGUCCAAAGCAAGCGCGGGAACCGCGACCUUUUGGUCUUGCUGGGGGUGCGGUGUCCUGAAGAUGAGGUCGUUAUGCAGAAGCCGGCCAGGGCCACACGCGACCUCUUCGGCGAUCUGACAGACCAGGAGCGGGCCACGGCUGUCGCCAACGUUCGUGGCCAGCAGCUGCGUGUACAGUCACUGCUGCUCCCAGGCCUGCGGGAGGCCAAGUUCGAUGGGUCUUGGAAAGUCGAUGGCACCAAGUGGGCCGACCUCGUCAAGCAGGGCAUCCGGAUCAAGGUGCCUCAGGUGGCCGCUCCCUCCUGGUGCGACACGCUGAACGCCCAGAACGCCCAGAACGCAGCUCUUGCCCUACUUCGGAACGAUGCAGCUCUUGAAGAGGCUCUCGGUGUUUCUGGAGCUGGCCUGAUUCCACGUGCAGAGGAGGUGGUGCUUGCUCUCGUGAGCUCGUUGCCGCAUGCGGUGUCGCUGAGGGCAGUUUCCCUUCUGCGCCAACAGUACGUGAGCGUCUCCAUGCCAACGCCUUCACUGCACGGCGGUUUAGCUGACCAGUUGGCGGCCUACGAUGGAGAUUGGCUCGUUUAUCGACUGCUGGUCCUCAUCUCGCGCACUGCCCCGGCAGCGUUGCGACCCGCAAUGCCGCCGAACUUCACUGUGACCAAUCCUGUCAUCCUCCGCGUGGUCGAAGGAUGGAUGAUGGCUGGUGUGGAGCGGGCCAUGUGCAGCCACACUGUUUUGGCUUCCACCUCCCAGAGCCCUGCCCAAUGGGAGCAGCAUCCAUCAUGGACUACCAUGUCUCGAGCUAGCGAGUCUCUUCUGGAGCAUCAACGUGAAGCGGUUGACAGAAUGCACCAGCGAGAUCGGGAAAUGAAGUGUGGAGGACACUUCCUGAUCAUGGACACUGGCCUGGGCAAGACGGUGACAUCAUUGGUCUAUGCCUAUAGGUGGCUCUGCCGCACAGGCGGCAAGGCCGUCAGACGGAUCCUUUGGGUCACCCCAGCUGGCACGGUGGAGAAUCUGGUGAAGCAGCUCUGUCAGACAUGGCAUUGCCCUACGCAUGUUGUGCCGCGGAUCUCAUCCGCCAAGAAGCCCAAAGCCGGGGAAGGAUUCGAGCUGGUUUUGAAGGACUUCAUGGUGAAUGUCAUCCAUGCAGAUCACCUCAGAACUGCUAUCGACAAGGGCUUGGCCGAGCAGGCUACAUCCUCGUUCAUCAUCUUCGAUGAGGUGGAUGAGAUGUAUGCACCCACACUGCGAACUUCGGCAGCCCGCAGGCUUUGCCAACUCUGUCCAAAGUUUGUUGCGCAAACAGCGACCCCGAUGCGCAAGAACGAGUCGCAAUUAUUGGCGUGGUUGGCGGACACCUGCUCAUUCCCGGUUGAUACCAGGAACUGGCUUGUGGCAGCCUCUGGAAUGGUGUCAAUGCAGCUGGAGCUAGGCAUUGCAGCUGUCGAGGAAGAAAUCCUCGUCCCGAUGGUAGACGAGGUUCGCGCUUUGUGCCGCAAGCUGCUCGCCUCGAAAACUACUGUGCGAUGGCUGGAGAUGGCUCGCGUAGUGCAGGAAUACACGGACCAAGCCAUGGCAGAGGCGGCACUAAGAGCAGCAAAGCAGGAUCGCAAGGUCCACGAAGACGGUGGAGUGCUAUUGGUUGCAGAUUCGCUACAGCACGCUGCGAAGCUGAGAGAGCUUUGCAGCCCUCUUCUUCCUACGGGCGAUUUCGCUUCCUUAGAAGCGUCUGACGCUAAGCGCUUUGCCAUCGUUAUCGUGACAAAGGACAAAGAUCGAGGAUACAACUCCGCAAGACGCCUCGGGGUCAUGGUGACCGGCGCCUACGCCGGCAACGCCGCUUCGAGACAUCAGAUGCGUGGUCGACUGCGACGCCUCGGGCAGAAGCGCAAGGAGGUGCGGUUCGUGACCGUCUGCAUGGA